UGCUCUGCUGCUGCUCCAGGGGACCAGACGCUGAAAGGGUUAAAACGAGGGGGAAAAAGGGGGCAGGAUGCAAAUGGCUUGAAGUCAAUAGUGUGUAUGUGAGGGAGAAGGAACAGAGGAGCUGAGCAAGAAAUGUACAGUAACACCGGUGAUGCCAGAGAGAAGAGGAGCAGCCUGACUUCAGCGUUUUUCCUUGAAUCGCUCUCCAUCCCUCUUUUACUCUGCAGCGUCUCACUCCUGCUCUGCCUUUUGCUUUUUAUAGAGCCCUUUCGCUCUGCAGCUGCGCACAGAUUGAUGGAUUCAUUUCCUGGGUGCACCGGGACUGGAUUCAAAUUGUGAAUGCGCAAGAGUGAGUAAGGACUUUGUUGGGAACUCCUGCCAGCCAGAGAGAGAGAGAGAGAGGGGAGAGGAGAGAGCCAUCAGGGGGACACACUGGGACUCAGUGGGGUGCGGAGAGAGAGGUGAGCUGAGGGAGGUAAGAUGAGUCUCAACAACAGUCAAACUCUGACCGUCAGUGGACAGGAUCUGACCAGAAAUGGCAGCAGCACCAACAGCAGCAGCAGCGGUCGAGCCCCCUGGGACAAUGCUCGGGUGGUUCUGAAGCCCUCCACUCCCACCAGGAAACCUAAACCACCCAAGCCGGAGAAUGCCAUCACCAUCGCCGUGUCGUCUCGAGUCCUCUUCAACAUGGAGAAGGAGCAGCAGAUCUACGAGCACCAAGGCAUGGAGGAUUACAUCAAGCAUCAGGUGGAGCACGAAACUGAGCCUUUCAGCGCGGGACCUGCCUUCUCCUUUAUCAAGGCUCUGGAGGCUGUGAACACUCGGCUGAGGGAGCUUUACCCUGACAGCGAGGAGCUCUUUGAUGUUGUGCUCAUGACCAACAACCACGCAAACGUCGGCUUAAGACUCAUCAAUACCAUCAAUCAUCACCGGUUGUUCAUCGAGCGCUUCUGUAUGACUGGGGGAAACAGUCCCAUCGGCUACUUGAAGGCCUACCACACCAACCUUUACCUGUCCGCCGACCCAGUCAAGGUUCGAGAAGCCUUGGGGGAAGGUAUAGCAGCGGCCACCAUGUUCACCCAGGAGAAGAUGAAGGAAGUGUCGGAGACUCAGCUGCGCGUCGCCUUCGACGGCGAUGCCGUCCUCUUCUCUGACGAGUCGGAGCGCAUUUACAAGGCCCACGGCCUGGACAAGUUCUUCGAGCACGAAAAGGCCCACGAGAACAAGCCUCUGGACCAUGGGCCACUGAAGGGCUUCCUGGAGGCUUUAGGAAAACUGCAGAAGAAGUUUUAUGACAAAGGCCAGCGCAUGGACUGCCCCAUCCGGACCUACCUGGUGACGGCUCGCAGCGCAGCCAGUUCUGGUACCAGAGCCCUAAAAACCCUGCGCUCAUGGGGUCUGGAGAUCGAUGAGGCCCUCUUCCUGGCAGGGGCACCCAAGGGCCCCAUGCUGGAGAAGAUCAGGCCACACAUUUUCUUUGACGACCAGAUGUUUCAUGUGGAGGGGGCAGCAGAAAUGGGCACAGUAGCGUGCCACGUGCCGUAUGGGAUCGCUCAGAGAGUUACCAAGAAAGGAACAAUGAACGAGGAGACUUCUUCAGCACCGAAGUAGCCUGGACAUCACGGCGCAGAAGGAGAUGGACUCAAGGGACAUUUCAUUUUGGUCUUAAUGUCCUGACAAUAGGUUGAAAAUUUAAGGAAACCCUGGGGGUUCAAUAUGACCAGUAUAUUACGUGAUAAUAUCAUAUUAUCACAUUAAUUAUUUCUUUUGCAUCUAUAAUUUAUAAUGAUGUAAUCCGUUCAGAGGACUAUUUCAUCCAUUGGUUGUUAAGUAAUAACUGCUAACGAGGAAUCAAGCUUUAUUGUGCUAUUAUUAAGGGAGAGCAGAUCAACCUUAAAGGCAACGCUAUUACUAAAGGACAAGGGAUAAAUAUCAGCCAAAUGGAUUAUUCACAACCGGAUAAUGCAACAUUUGUUUUUAUUAACUGCUCUAUAAAUGAUUUAUUAUGAUAUUAAUAAAGGCAGUAGUUGCAAAUGAAAAUCCUUCAUAAAGAUUGCUCAAAGUAUUUUGACCCACACAAAGUAUAAUCAUUUGAAAGACAAAAGAUAUUGAAAUAAAGUAUCAGUAAAAUGAACCAAAUAGACAGUUAAAAGAAAAUCUAAUAAUUCUAAAUAUUUUUUCUUAAGAUGCCAGGUUUCUGAGGCAUCAUCAACUAUUUUUGAUAAGGAGCGAGUCUGAAUGCGGCCUGGACAGUUGCACUGACGACAUGCAAUCAGUCGUUUUAUGCAGAAACUCCGCUUGGAUUUCUACAGUUUUAUCUCUUUACUGCUCGUCUGGGUGUUUAAAAGUUUAUAAAAUUGGUGCCUUUUUCUAUUUUUCUGUUUUGUUUUUUUCAGCAGUGCACGUUGCUAGUAAAUAUAUGUUGAAGAUGUGGCUGUUUGAUCCGUGUAUAUGAAUGUAUUUCAAGAUUGCAGAUUGAGAAUAUUGGUAAAACUGGAAUAUUUCAUUUUACAUUUAAAUUUUAUUUGUUCUUGUUCAAGAAAGUACUGUUUUAACAUAUAUAGUUUUUAUUGUCAUUUGCAAUGUGGCAUUUUUAAUUCUGCUACUUGUCCCUAAAGUGCCCGAAGUUCAGUGUCUCCUUUGCUGUUGUCUGCCUGUCUGUCUUAUUGUUGUCAUGAAGUUCGUUGUUGUUGUUGCUCUACUAUGCUCACUGAGUGUGAAGCAAAGUGGUUAUUGAAAGAGGCCAAACUUGUGAAAUCUGGGCCUAAUGAGAACUGUGGAUUUAUGCAAUCGGGUUUCUCUCUUUCAAGAUUAAAGAAAAAAUGUCUGUCUUCAAAAA